UGUAGAAUUUCGGAAUAAAUGUAAUGAUCUAUCAAAACAUAUUUUUAGUAAAUACAAUUAUCUUUAUAAAUAAUAUUAUAAUAUUGAUGAAUCUAUAAAGUCAUAAGACAAUUUACCAAUGAAACUAUGAUAAGGUCAAAACAUUUGUAAAUUUUGUAUAUAUUACUAUGACGAGCUUUAUUAUUCUACGGCAUGGUUAAAUUAUAUUAUGUAUGAUAAAUCAAUAUCUAUGUAUGAUAAAGUAGGUUUAUACUGUUGGUGCCGAAAGAAAAUCUUUUGAUCUAAAAAUUCAGAUAUGUAACAAAUUAUAGAUAAGUUGGAAAUCCAUACAUUGGUUAUUCGUCCCUAGUAAUUUUAUAUUGUAAACAAUUUGGUUCUAUUAAUAAAUUAAAAUUUCCAGAAAACUUUUUAAACGAAAUGGCAAUUUAUGACUUCAACAAGCCAAUAAAUGUAACCAUAGCAUACGACGAUGACAAUGAAGAUGACACUGAAGUAAAAUCUCACUUUUAUGACUGUCCUACACCUAAAAUACAUAAGGAAACGGAAUCAGAAAAUUGUAAAGAUAAACCAAAGAUUUCCACAAAAAAAAUCAAAGAUAGACCAACAGUAAUACAGAUGUUAAAAGAAAAUCUACUAAGUAAAAAGGAUAGUAAGAAAAAAAAGAAGAAAAAGAAUUAUAAGAAAAAUAAAACAUCUACUGAAAAAAAAGAACUCGAUACAAAUCAUUCAAAACUACAGGAAUCAGCAAAAAUUACAACUGAUAAAAGUCUACAUUCUGAAAAAGAUUUAAAUGACAAAGAUAAUGGAAGCAAGACUGAUGAGAAAAAUGAUAAUGGUUUAAAAAAUAAUUACAGUAGUAUAGAUUCCGACCAUUACAUUGAUGAUCUUCUAACAAAAGUUGCCGAGGCUCUAUUACAUAUUCUAGAAGCAUAUUUUAUUCAUGUUGCUAAUGUACAGCUUAAUAAUAGUAAUCCAAGAAUUGUACAAGAAUCAAAGCGACGUUUUAACCGAAUUAAGCAACACUUUUUUCAACUAUCUUACUGCACAACUAAUAUUAUCAUUUUAUCAAGAGAAACUGACAGUAAAUUUACUGAAUUCUUUUUUAACCAAACUAUGAAACUAGCUGAAUCCAAAAACAUGAACAUAACUGUUCAACAUAUACAACCUCUUUAUUACGAAUUAUUAUCUUGGGCGAAGCAGGCAAAGGAAAUACGAAGUCUGCCUAUAACUCCAGCGAUAUUAACUUCCAACAAUACACCUGAAUUGCGAAAACAUUUAUCUCAACCAACAAUAUCAUCAAAUAAUACAUAUAGUGCUAAUAAUAAUAGCCAACAGCAUUCAACAGCAAAAGUUUCAAUCUAUAACUCAGAUUCUCAUAAAAAAGAAAUAAGAAUCACGUUGGAGCCUAGCUUAAAUAAUAAUCCGACAAAAAACCAUCCGCUGGAGCACAUUUCACAACAACAUCUUAAUAAAAAUGUACAACCAAGAUUUCCUACAAAUGAACAAAUACACUCUAACAUUGCACCAUUAAGAUAUAAUAACUUUGAAUCUGGUUUAUAUUGGCACAAUAACGUACGAAAUUUCUACAUGCCCAAUGUACCUGUAGUUUCAGCAACCACUGCAAACAGAGACACUUUUGGUAAUCAUAAUAGAUGCAUGGCUGCCAAUUGUCAAUGUCAAAAUAUAAAUAUCGUAAAUCCCAUGAACAUUAGACAUCCGCCUACGUAUAAUGAAACGAUUGCUUGGAAAAAUGUAACACCAAGAAUUGAAAAUGAACCUGAAUACAACACAACUAAACCAAAUGAAGAUACGAAUAAUACUUUCUAUAGUAUUGAUUACGUUAGAUCUCCAGAUAGUGGUUUUAUAAGUCCUCAACAAUUAAAUUCGCCCUUGGAAAAUAAGGUGAGAGUUAACGAAUUGGUGUCAAAACAGGAACGUUGGUGACUACAUUUAGUCACCAGCUAAGCCAGUCGGUAUGAUCCAUCUUUUAGUCAAUAUCAUGUAAGCGUGCAGUUUUUAAUUAACAAGUUUUUAGCCCAGUUAAAUUUGUGUCUCACGAAAUGAUAGCUAAUAAGUUGAAUAUGAUAU